AUGGAAAACUCUCAGUACUAUAACAGACUUGUAGAAUUAAAUUCCUUAGCAGAAAAUAUAUUUUGUCAAAAUAAAAAGUUACUUUUAAUCGAUAAUAAUUUAAAUGGCAUAAGAGAAACCUUAGGAGCUUAUCGAAGAAAUGAAAUUAUAAAAAAUAAUGUAAAAAUUAGUUCAUAUAAUAAUUUAUUCUUAACUUUGAGCAAACGCGAAAUGAAGGACUAUCUGGAAAAUAUUGAAAAAACCUUAACAGAAAAGAGAGACAAAGAAAGAGAAAAAAGAAAAGCUCUAAUUAAGGAACUUAUAAAACUCAAUCCGAGUGUCACAGAAAUUCCUCUUGAGGAAGCCAAGUUUUUAUUAAAACAAUAA